GCUCCCUCUUGAAGCAUAAAGACACUUACUUUGACCUCUCUCUCUCUCUCUCUCUCUCUCUGAAGGGAACAAGAAAAGGAUACUGGCAAAAAGUAGCAAAAAUGGUUACAGAAGAGAAAUCCCACAAGUACCCAACAAUGCCAGAGGUUGUGGAGGAGCUAAAAAGAAUGACAGACAUAGGCUUCCCUAUAGCAGCUUUGAGCUUGGUGGGGUAUCUCAAAAACAUGAUCUUAGUAGUCUGCAUGGGAAGACUAGGAAGCUUGGAGCUCGCAGGAGGUGCCUUAGCUAUUGGAUUCACCAACAUCAGUGGCUACUCAGUUCUUUCCGGCCUAGCGAUGGGGAUGGAGCCUCUAUGUAGUCAAGCAUUUGGUUCGAGAAAUCUAUUAGUAGCAUCUCAUACUCUAAGAAGAACAAUUCUUAUGUUACUACUUGCUUCAAUACCUAUUGGCUUGCUAUGGGUCAAUCUUGAACCCCUCUUGCUUAGCCUCCAUCAAGAUCCUGACAUAACCAGAAUCGCAAGUUUAUACUGUCGAUUUUCCAUUCCUGAUCUUAUUGCUAAUAGCCUCCUGCACCCUCUACGAAUUUACUUGCGCAGUAAAGGAACUACAUGGCCAUUAAUGUGGUGCACCCUUGUCUCCAUUGUUCUGCAUGUUCCUGUCACCAUAUUUCUAGCCUUCACUCUUUGUCUUGGAGUCCCUGGAAUUGCAAUUUCUACUUUUAUCACUAAUUUCAACACCCUCUUGUUCCUCGUAUGCUACAUGUAUUUAUUCAGUCGGGCCACUGAGGAGGAGCCCUCGUCCACACCCCUAAUUAGACAACAACCAUUUCUAUCAUCUCCUUCUACUUCACUAAGAAAGGAAUGGGGAAUCCUACUCCGGCUUGCCAUCCCAAGUUGCAUAGCUGUUUGUUUAGAGUGGUGGUGGUAUGAGUUCAUGACAAUUCUAGCUGGUUACUUGCACAACCCUCAAGCCGCUCUAGCAACAUCAGCUAUUAUAAUUCAGACCACAUCCCUAAUGUACACGUUGCCAACAUCACUGAGUGCAUCGGUGUCGACGCGGGUGGGCAACGAGCUUGGAGCAGGCAGGCCACAGAAAGCUCGUUUGGCCACUGUGGUUGCAAUAGGCUUAGCCUUAUUAAGCUCAUUGCUUGGUUUGCUAUGGACCAUCCUAGGGAGAGAAGCAUGGGGGAAAGUUUUUACAAAAGAUGAUGAGGUUCUCGAGCUAACUAUGGUUGUACUGCCCAUAAUUGGAUUAUGUGAGCUUGCAAAUUGUCCACAAACGACAAGCUGUGGAAUUUUAAGAGGGAGUGCUAGGCCCGGCAUCGGGGCAGGGAUUAACUUUUACUCCUUUUACAUGGUGGGUGCACCUGUGGCCAUAGGCCUAGCCUUUGUUUGGAAACUAGGGUUUGUGGGUCUAUGUUAUGGUCUUCUAGCGGCUCAAGUUGUAUGUGUGGUCUCAAUUUUAACAGUAGUAUACAAGACAGAUUGGGAUAGAGAAUCUUUAAAGGCCAAAGAACUGGUUGGCAAGACUGGUGCCUUGGCACAUGAACAUGCAGACCAUACAGCCAAAUGUGAAGAAGGAGAAGGGCUAAGUUUCGGGUGAAGAGCGAGAAAAAGAUGGAGGCAUUUUGGCCGAUCGAAGGAACACGAACAAAAAGAACUGCGGCAUUAACAGGACUAGAAAAAAAAAAGUUCAAAUAACACUUUUCAUCUUCAUUAUUGCAACUCCAUCCAUUAUUCUAGCAAUUCUACUGUACGUGUUUCCUCUGCUUAGCUUUGUCUUUUCUAAUUUUUGUCCCUACCAAUGACCACCUUACGUGUAUAUAUGUAUACACACACUACUAUAUUUUUAGUGCUAGAAGGUGGCUCUCGCGGUUUUUUAUAUAUAGAAUAGCUCCUUCCCCCCCUCGCUCUUGUUGUAAAACCCAAUUGUUCUUUUCUUUUCUUUUCUUUUCAAUUGGCUUGCUUGCUGCUACUAUUGUAAUCGCUAGCCUUUUGUUGUCAGUAUUUCUGUAAGCAAUUUAGGGCUUGCAUGACCGGAGGAAUCCUAUGUCUUAAAUAUUGUGUGCCUUCUAGCUAGCUAUGUACUUGCUCUAUUUUGUUUUAUGGAGGGGCCUAUUGACCAUUUUUUA